AUGGACAACAACAUGUCAUUACCAAGCCAUAUCCUUCAAAUCCAGGGUUUUGAAUUCUCACAGACAUUCAUGUAUCCAAUUUUUUUCUCCUUGCUGUUUGUUUAUCUCUCCCUCCUUGUGUCUAACAUUGGUGUCCUGGUAGUCAUCAUCAAAGAAAGAAGCUUGCACCAACCAAUGUACAUCCUCUUCUGUAACCUGUCUGUAAAUGAUCUGAUUGGCAACACUGUCUUGUUGCCUCGCCUCAUGGCUGACAUUGUUUCAACUGAGAGGUUUAUCACGUACAGCCAAUGUGUUACUCAGGCCUUUUUCAGUCACACGUUUGGAUCAGCCUCACAUAUGAUACUGAUCAUUAUGGCCUUUGACAGGUAUGUGGCCAUAUGUUACCCGUUAAGGUACAUGUCCAUAAUGACAACCAAAACUGUAGUUACGCUGUCUGUGUCUGCUUGGGGGGCUUCCCUUGUGUUAGUGUCUGUCCUACUGGGUCUCACCAUAAGGCUUUCCCGCUGCAGUUCAAUCAUUCAGAAUGCUUAUUGUGACAAUGCAUCAUUGUUCAAGCUAUCCUGUGAGAACGUUUCAAUCAACAACAUCUAUGGACUCUUUUUCACUGUGCUGCUCUUCACUUCAUCAAUGGGAAGCAUCGCUGUCACUUAUAUCAGGAUUGCUGUGAUUUGCUGGACCAAGAAAAGCAAAGAGCUGAACAACAGAGCGUUGCAGACCUGUGCAAGCCACCUGGUACUGUAUCUCAUUAUGCUGUGGAGUGGGUUUCUAACCAUCAUACUGCAUCGCUUUCCAAACUAUCCAUAUUUGAGAAAACUGGCUUCUGUUCUAUUUCAUGUCGUCCCUGCUCAUUUUAAUCCAAUUAUCUACGGCUUGCAAACAAAGUCAUUGAGGCAGAAAAUUAUACAAAUACUCUGUCGGAAAGUUACACACUCAUAAUACAGAUAUUACUUUGUAAAUCAAAUCGACAGGCUUGAUUAUUCUGGUCCUAAAACAGCCAAAAUAAAAGGGUUUGUAUUUCAACACAUACCAGACUUAAAAGCUGUGUUCAAGGUACUUUUCUAACAUAUUCAUCAUCUCUAGCACCAGCCCAACAUCAACAUACAGUAUGUGAAAAUGGAGCAUUUCUAUGUGUUGUAGUCAAAAAGAUAGAGGAACAUAAGUGUUUCUGAUGACAUCAUCUCCUGUGUAUCUUGUGAUUUGAACCAAUUAUGUGCAGGCAAUGAGCAGAAAUAGUUGUGGCAGCAAUUGCAAUAUUUCCCUCUAAAGGUUAUGUUUUGCCAUUUUCACAUUUUGAUGUUGGGAUGGUGAUGGAGAUGAUGAAUAUGAAGUUUAAAUAAUUGGUUUCAUUAUCCUUUAAUGGUUAUGUUCUGUCAGAUAUUAGGAGGUAUGAAUGAGGGAACCGUAAAGGUGAUGAUGAGCAUACGUUGUUAAUCAGGCUUUCCUGUCUGUGCUUCGUCGUUACCUUGUUGCCAGUCAAAAUGGCAUCUCAAUUGAGACCUCUAGUGUCUGUUAGCUGAAAACGCAGAGGGACGUUGCAGGGAUGCUCAAAUCCAAGCCUGAAGGUCUGCAAAUCCAAUUCUGAAGGUCUGCAAAUCCAAUUCUGAAGGUCUGCAAAUCCAAGCCUGAAGGUCUGGUUUUCAGGUGAAUUGAGUGUUUGUCACUGAUGGCCAGAAAUUCCACUCACCUGUAACGGAUUCACUCUAUAGAGCCAACCUGGAACAGAGAUACUGAUAAAGAGCUUCCAUUUUUAGCCGGCCUCCGCCCUGUCCUGAACCUUAGACACUGUCACUUAUUGGCUACCAACAGG